GGACGCCAGCCGGGGAAAUGGAGGCGCCGGGUGCGGAGGGAGAGGCGGGACUGAAUGAAGAGUCCCCGCAGGCUGGGAAGGGAGAGGAGGCCAGGGCUGCCUCGGGGGAAGGAGGAGGCCCAAGGAAGCGUCGGGCAGCCCCUUCGGGUGAGAAGCGGAAGCAGACGCCAGCCAUCCCCAAAGGGAGGCCGAAGUCAGGCCGCGUGUGGAAGGACGCCUCCAAGAAGCGGUUCUCCCUCAUGACUAUGGACAAGGCCUUGCGUACCUCCUGGGAACGCAAGAUGAAAGAACGUCAGGAAAAGAAAUUAGUGAAAGACUUUGCCCGACAGUUGGAGGAAGAAAAGCAGAGAGAGCGAGAGGAGAAAAAACAGCGAAGGAGAGAUAACUUAAAAAGGCGACUGGAGAAUGAGCGGAAAGCAGAAGUUGUACAAGUGAUUCGGAAUCCAAUAAAGCUGAAGCGUGCAAAGAAAAAGCAGUUGCGCCGCAUCGAGAAGCGAGACACACUGACACUUCUGCAGAAACAGCAGGCACAGCGUAAAACAGUCAAGGAAUAAGAAUUUGGUGGGAAGUGAUCCCUCCUUUGAACAUCUGGAAAUGAUUUCCUCGUAGAGACAUAAAUCUGGGUGUUGAAUCCAUUGCAGUGGGAACCUUGGAUGCACUCCUGGCAUCCACCUUGUUUCUCUUGCCACUGAAAAGUCAAUUCUACAAAAAGACAUCUGUCUUGCAUCUAACUGAAUUUUUGAUUUGUUUUUUCUUGGUGUCAGUGAUGCAGGCUGCAGCAGGCUGAACUUCUGAGGUGAAUUUAAAAAAAUCUUAUUAAAGACACUUAAAUCCCAGAGGCAGGUUGAAUGGAGCAGAGCUUUAAAGGAUUUUUUAAGGAAUUCCAACUUGCAGACUUUUGGUUUAUAUGUAAGUGUCACAGUGAAAGUGUGGAUUAAACCUAUAUUUGCUUAUACCCGUGACACAAGAUAACAAAUAACAUGGUUGUCAUUUAUUAAGGGAUUCUUUACUGAUGUCUGGGAUGGGGUGGGGAAAUGAUUACAAUCAUUACUACAGCUGUUCUAGAACUUCAUUUUAUCGUUACUGUGAUUGCUAGUACUGUAUGUUAGUACCUUCUGGACUGCAUUUCACAGCAGUACGAGCUCACAAAGUGCACAGCCAAGGAUUAUGUGGGAUUUUGGUUCCAAAACAGCCGAGAGCACCCAGCUGAGUAUAUAUCUUUGUUAUGAUGCCAUACAGGAGUGGGUUACUGGGGAGGUAUAGGUCCCCAAAUAUAUUAUAGAGUCCAUUUUAUAAAUGGGCUUAAAGGCCCACCCCCACAAGUCACUGAGUUCCGAUAGCAAUUUUGUCUUGUUUUUGACUUGCUGGUGAGUUUCUAUUUCAAACCUCUCCUAGGACAUAGCACUUGACAGCCACCAGGUGAGUCUCAAAGUCAGGCUCUAUUGACUAGGUGGCCAUCUUCAGAUGAAAGAAACACACAGACUCAGGUACUGCAGGGGGAUUCUCUCUCAGCAAGUGUGGAUUGAAAGGCCAGAUGCCAGCAUUCUUCCAGUUCCUCUCAUCUAGACCUGUGAGCUUGAGGAUGGGGAUUGUGAAAGCUGUCAUUAAACAUAUCAGCAGUUUGUUAUGUUGUCUAUAAUUGUUUGACAACACAGUUCUGGAAGUCUACUAACCAUGUGUUGGUAUGAAAGUGCUUCCAGAAAUAGCAAAACAGCUUACUACUUGUUGCAGUGAUCACUCUGUCUCUAAUCCCACCUCCCACUGAACUGGAACACACUAAUAUCAUAAUCUUGACAAAAUUUCCCACUUGACAAGUUUGUCAGUGAAAAUUGUGCAGGCAGGUUGGUGAACUAUGGGCUAGGUGGUACUAUUGUUUGGUGGUUAGUGGGGACCCUCAGAAGUCUGUCCUGAUCUCAUGUUUUUUUCAGAGGAUAUAUGGCUUGGAUGAUGUGAUAAAGGGCAAGCUUACAUUUGCAAAUGAUACCAAAUUUGGCUUGAAAGUGGUGCAUAAAAAGAUCUCGGGGUUAUAGAAGGCCACAAGUGUGAUGUGAUCAAAAAAGCUAAUGCAAGAGGAGUAAAGUAGAGAAAAGGAUUA